GUGUCUCACCUGGGUGCAUAGCACUAUAUUGGUUGUUUUCUGCUGAAAUGUCGUGAGAAUGCGGAUUUUUGACUGCUGGAAUGUUGUUUUUAUUGCAGCUGAAAUGCUAUUUUUUGUUGCUGGAACGCUGAUUUUUGCUGCUGAAUGCUUUCUGCUAAAUGUUGAAACUUGCUGCUGGCGCGCUGUUUUUUAGCUGCUGAAAUGCUGUUUUUUUUUUUGGCUGCUGGAACGCUCCAUUUUGCUGCUGAAACGCUACUGGAACACUAUGUUUUUGUUGUUGGAACGCUGAAGUUCGCUGCUGAAAUUCUUGUUGCUGAAAUGCUAAAAGUUUUGUUGCUGAUGUGCUUAUUUUUUGCUGCUGCGAAGGCUCGUUUUCCCUGCUAAUGGAGAUGCUUGAAGUCUGUUUUUUUUUUUUUGUCUAUGAUGAUUGUUAGAUUUGAUUUACUGGACUUGAAAUUGUAAAGAUCUGUGAACUUCAUUUGAUUUAACAUUAGUUAAUUUGACCUUCAUACUCUGAAUCAAGCCACAUAAAUUGAAAUAGAGGGAGUAUUUUGUUUCUUGUUUACUAUAUUGUUUCUGGAUUAAUCAUUCUCUUUCUUUAUGAAGUUCUGGUUACUUCCUUUGUUUGAUGGUCCAGCUUCAUUGCUGGUUCAUUUUAGGUAAAUUUAUUGAACGGUUGUGUCAUGAGUAGUUGUGUGAUGCCAAAAGAACAGACGGAGGCCAAUCCAGUUGUGCUUCUCCAUGGUUUUGAUAGCUCAUGUUUAGAGUGGAGGUACACAUUUCCGAUGCUUGAGGAGGCUGGAUUAGAGACAUGGGCAGUUGAUAUCUUAGGAUGGGGUUUCUCUGAUUUAGAAAGGCUUCCAUCGUGCGAUGUAGCUACCAAGCAUGAUCAUCUUUACCAGCUGUGGUCUACCUACAUCAAGAGGCCAAUGGUACUUGUCGGACCUAGUCUUGGAUCUGCUAUUGCUAUUGACUUUUCUGUCAAAUAUCCAGAAGCCGUGAAUAGGUUGGUUUUAAUUGAUGCAAGUGUUUACGCGGAAGAUAAAGGAAACCUUGCGACCUUACCCAAAGCAGUAGCUUAUGCUGGGGUGAGUUACCUCCUAGUUCUCUUAAAGCAAAGAGACACAUUCUACGCCAGAUUGGAUUGUUUGAUGUAA